AUGGGUUUGGGUUACUCUGAAAAUGGAACUUUGAAAAAGGCCCCUAAAUCUUUGUAUGAUUUUGAUAAAUGGGGAUCAACCAAAUUUGCAAUUCUUACUCGAUCGAGACAAUCUCGGGAAUUCGAAAAAAAGGCGAAAGAAGGGUACCUCAUUGGUUAUUCUUUAAAGUCUAAAGCCUUCCAAGUCUACAUCAAGUCAUCUAAGAUUUUUAUUGAAAGCAUCAACAUCAGAUUCGAUGAAUCUUCGGCUUCUGAACAACUCAGUUCAGGACUCAAGCUACAACCGUUAGCUUCUAGACAAAACAGUGUAGAACCUAUACCAAACAAGACAUUUAAUUAUGAUUCUUCAACUAAAUCAAAUUUAGAUUCUUUGUUUAAAGACGCAUUUGAUAUAACUUGGGAUAUUCUUGCAGAUUACGAAAUAUUUGUUCUACCCAAGAUGAAUGAACCAGUGGUUCCUAUUCCGCAAGUUACUCAAAUUUCUGGACCAUCUGAAGUUGGUUGUUCAACAUCAAAUGUGGUUCAACAUGAAUAUGUUGAAGAUACUAAAUCAGAACCUAUUCAAGCUGAGGCACAGACUCAACCAGAGAUUGUUCAAUCUGACAUUGAUCAAUCUAAGUCUUCUCUACCUGCAAUUGAAGCUAAACAUUCUAAGAUUCAAGAUGAAGAAGAAUCUGAUACUCAAGCUGAAGUAAAUUCUGAAAUUCAAACUAUAACUAAUGAAUAUGAUGUUCAGAACAAUCUAAAUGAUGUUCAACCCCUUUCUUGUACUCACAAAUGGACAAAAGAGCAUCCCCCUACUCAAAUAAUUGGUAAUGUAAAUGAUAGAGUGAAAACACGAUUUGCUACCACUAACGAGUGUCUUUUCGUUAACUCUUUCAGCGCUAUAGAGCCAAAGAAUCCAUCUGAAGCAUUGCAAGAUCUAGAUUAG